GAACGAACCUGAUCUCUCGCCUUGCUCUCCAAGAUCUGCUCUUGUCUUCGCGGAGAGCGUGGGAUGGAUCAAUGGUGGCCCAAGCUUGCGCGUGUUCUCGUCACUGAAUGCUUCUGCGGCUUCCUCGCACUCCUACUCCCACUCCCCCUCGCAUUCAUCUGCAUCCCAUCGCCCGAGAGCAUAUCACAGCACGAUGCAGCCCAACCCAUCCGGACUCGACUUGCAAGCCAUCCAGUACCCUCCCGCCGAUCCGGAGGGCCGAGCCGCGGCGGAACCCCCGAGAGGGAUAUACAGCGCGGCGCAGUCCAACCCAGCUGGUGAGAGGUGGCGAAAGACACUACCAAAGAUUGCGUAAGGACUAUCUGUCUUCUCAGUCAUUGGAAGUCGUCUCCCGAUGGAUGCCGAAGCAGGGGAUGAGGAAGCCGAACGACGCGCACUGGUUAUUGUUCCCGGAUUCUGUGAACCACCAGAAGGACGCGCGUGGGGGAGCAGAACACGCAGAGCGAGGAUGGGCGCGCAGCUCGACGAAGUGGUGAAAGCGAUUAAGGCAAAAAAAGACGGCCAAGUUGAAGGCGGCGUGCAAGUGGCUUCCCUGUGCGACGUCAAUGGCUCGAUGUGCGCGCGUCUCAGCAAUGUGCCAUCAAUCGGCCCCCUUCGACCAUUCACCGUUGACGCUUAUGAGGUGUACUGGCACGACCUGAUUGACGAGCUGGACAGCCAAGAGUUGCCCGAGCGCAUCGGGCGUACCGUGUUACUGUUUUUCUACUGGCUAUCGCCCUCCAUCUACCGCCCCCCUCUACCAGUCAGCUUGCGUAUCAGCCUUUUCGUCGCCGUGGCCAGCUGUCUUAUCUGGUUGUACGCCCUCCUCCCAUCAUUGUUGAUCUUCAUCGCCAACACAAGUGGAGUGCCCGAAGAUGAGAAGACGGGAGCGGUUGAUAAGAAAUUCUUCAUCGAGAUGGCCUGGGCUGGGAGAAGGAUGGGCAGCUGGAUUCCCCGCGGUAUUAUCGUGCUACUCAAGCUUGCCCUGCCCGCGACUCUCGUUAUGAAUAUAGCAGAUUUCUGCCGCCGCUACAUCCGAAACGAGCCUGCAGGCAGCGGGGUGCGAGAUGCAAUUGCUGGACGCGUUAGGGACAGAGUGCGGUACCUGCGGGACUGUGGCUAUCAGCAAAUCACUGUUGUGGGAUACUCGUUUGGUGCCGCUGCUGCAGUCAACGGACUUGCCAGUUAUAUCAGCGACCAGCAGCGGCAGCAGCAAGCGGCCCGGCCUUCCGCACUAGCAGAAGCGACGACGACACUCCCAACAGGAGGUGCUAACCCUGCCCCACAAGACGAAAUCACUAUCCGCCUCGUGACGAUCGCUGGCCCCCUCGACGUGUUCAAGCGACAAUCUAGCGAAAUCAUGGAGAAGGACAUCGACGUUUGCUAUGAAAGUGACAAGAUAGCCCGAUGGUUCGACUUCUGGUCGAAGGCUGACUGGAUGUGCUAUAUGACGCCAUUUCCAAAGAGCCUUCCGGGCUAUCGGGAGCAGCCUGAGGUGGACCAGCCGGACAUGAAGUGGUAUCAGAGGGUGGUAUUUUUGCCUCAUAGGCGAUACUGGGACAAACAGGAGGUCAUAGAUGAAAUAGUGAGAUUUGACUCUUGACACAGGUCGAAUGCAUGGAGAGGCUGCCUGUCUGGCUGCAUGUACAUACAUUUGUGUGUGUAUGUGUGGCAGUCACGUUGUUCAUCAUUGUGGUGGGCGUCUUUUUCAUCGACUCGCGCCUGUGUCUAUGCAGUUCGUGAGAGGAGCCAGCUCUCGUGAGCCGUCAAUGCUGUUUUUCGUCUCUUUUUCGAUUGUGCGUGCGGCCUAUUUUUCGUUUGCCUGAAGUGAAGUACGCUUGCCAGAUUCGUCAUUGUACUACAUUAUAGGACCUGCAUAUGAUCUGUCUGCCUCGUGUGCGUGCGCGUGUGCGUGUGCAUAUGUGUGUGUGUGUGUGUGUGUGUACGUGUGUAUACAGUCGGACACUGUGCAAAUGCAAUUUACGAUUGGUGUCCCAACGAUAGAGGACCUUCAGUCGUAACGAAUACUGACGAACUCAUGCACAUGUUAAUGUCUGCACGUGCCACUAAUUGCGAAGUCGAUGCACACACACAAUUACAUGGUGUGUGGAUGUCCAUGGAUUGACGUGUGUGGAUGUGUGAUAUAUGUUUGAAUGCGACAUAAUGAGAACUCAG